GAGCGGUAUUUUCGCUGACUAAAGGAAGCACUUGAUCUCCUGCGGGACGACGUGUCGUGACGUCAAACUCAGGCGCCACGCAAAGACCCAUGUGUAUGAAAACAAAACGAGAAACCCCGCAGCACAAAAUAUCGACGGUACCGCGUAUAUACGUUUAGGGUUAUUUGUUUCGUUGUGCCAGAAUACCAUGGAUGACGAGGAAGAAACAUAUAGGCUAUGGAAAAUUAGAAAAACUAUAAUGCAGCUAUGUCACGACCGGGGUUAUUUGGUGACCCAAGACGAGUUGGAUCAGACCUUGGAUGAGUUCAAAAGCCAGUUUGGGGACAAGCCGAGCGAGGGCCGCCCACGGCGGACCGACCUGACGGUACUGGUGGCUCACAAUGAUGAUCCAACAGACCAGAUGUUUGUUUUCUUCCCCGAGGAAGCCAAAGUCGGCAUUAAGACAAUUAAGAUGUAUUGUCAGCGGAUGCAGGAGGAGAACAUUACUCGUGCCAUUAUCGUCGUUCAGAUGGGAAUGACACCCUCCGCUAAACAGUCUCUGGUUGACAUGGCGCCAAAAUACAUUCUAGAGCAAUUUCUGCAGCAGGAGCUACUGAUUAAUAUCACUGAACACGAGCUGGUUCCAGAGCAUAUUGUGAUGACAAAAGAGGAGGUCACGGAGCUGCUGGCGCGAUAUAAGUUAAAAGAGAGUCAGUUACCCAGAAUCCAAGCUGGGGACCCCGUCGCCCGAUACUUUGGCAUAAAAAGAGGUCAGGUGGUGAAAAUUAUCAGACCGAGUGAGACUGCUGGACGAUACAUCACGUACAGACUGGUCCAGUAAAGGUUCCAAGGCGACUGAAACGGCUUGUACUCGAUCAGAAACUAGUCAUCGCCUGUUCACCGUCUUAGCUAUAGAAUUGUCUCAUUUUCUCUAAGAUUAUUUCCAGCCUGUCCACAUGAUUGUAUAGUUGGGAAAAAAAACCCAAAACCAUGUUUUUCAUUUGAAUAAAGAUGUAACAAUA